AUGAAUCAAUGGGUCGCCAAAUGGUUACGAAUCUACUUGAAGAGCUACAUAUCCUUGAUUCUCUACCACAGAAACGUCUACCCUGCGGUGUCGUUUGAGUUGACAACGUACCAGUCGUUCAACCUCCCACAAUUCAUUCCCGUCUCAAGACACGAGGGUCUCAUUAGCUACAUCGAGGAACUCGUCACGGAUCUACUCAGUAAACUGAUCCACACGUACCGCGUCUCCGUGUGCAUACUGGACUCGCAGGACGAGUCCAGAGUCCUGGAACGGUACGUCUUGGACUUUUCAGAGUUCAAGCAUACUGAGAACCAGGGUGUCGUUACGGAGACAGAAGUCUUUGAUGAGUUCAGAACAAGCCUAAACUCGCUCAUUACAAGGCUCGAGAAACUCCCCAGCGUCAGGAACGGGGCCGUCUCCUUCGAGAUCGCCAUCGGCACCGUGCAACUUGAGCUGGGCCACGCCAUCGAGACCGGAUGGGACCUCAGAUCACAGGAACAGCUUGAUGCCUUCGAGAGAGACGUCAAUUGGGUCAAGUGCGACGAGGACGAGGGGCUAGGAGAGCUGCCCGCGCAGUUGCAGUCGCAGCAACCCACGCCGAGAAUCAAGAUGAUGGCACUUGUAGGGUGCGACGCGGGACCACUCGUUAUACAUAGCUUUAUAGAGAUGGUGAUGUUUACGAACCAGGGGAAUUCAGGAACAGUGUAUUCCCAGUACGACGAAGACUACUCGUUCCAGUUCUGA